AUGGUAUGGUCACAGCUAGAAGUUACUAAUGCACACGUUGCUUAUGCAUGUGUCGGAGUGUUCUCCUGUGUGUUCUCGUUAGUAUCUUUGUUCUUUAAGGAGCGGUUAUAUCUCGGUGAGUCCAGUGUCGCCGUGCUGUUUGGUUUAAUUGUGGGUCCGCACUGUUUGAACUGGUUUAACCCGACAGAAUGGGGGAACACAGAUAGUAUAACUUUAGAGAUAUCUCGGGUAGUGUUAUGUCUUCAAAUCUUUGCGGUUGCUGUCGAGUUACCGAAAAAAUAUAUGCUUAAACAUUGGUUAUCAGUCACAAUGCUUUUGGUUCCGGUGAUGACUGCAGGUUGGCUUAUCACGGGUUUGUUUGUGUGGAUUUUGAUACCUGGAUUGUCGUUUUCGGAUAGUUUGCUUGUGGCUGCUUGUGUAACAGCAACGGAUCCUAUUUUGGCACAAUCUGUCGUUUCAGGUAAAUUUGCACAGAGGGUUCCAGGACAUUUAAGAAAUUUGCUAUCUGCAGAAUCUGGUUGUAAUGAUGGUAUGGCGUUCCCAUUCAUUUAUUUAUCCUUAAAUUUGAUCUUUUACAAGCGUGAUGCUGCAGAAAUUACUAAGGACUGGAUUUGCAUCACUAUAUUAUGGGAAUGUCUGUUUGGAUGUAUCCUAGGUUCCGUCAUUGGUUAUACUGGAAGAAGAGCCAUUAGAUUUGCUGAAGAGAAGAAAUUGAUUGAUCGUGAAUCGUUUUUGGCCUUUUACGUUUUCUUAGCAUUGAUGUGUGCUGGAUUUGGUUCAAUGUUGGGUGUAGACGAUUUAUUAACAUCUUUCGCAGCAGGAACUGCAUUUUCUUGGGAUGGUUGGUUCUCAACUAGCACAGAGGAAAGUAACGUUUCCACAGUCAUCGAUCUAGUGUUGAAUUUGGCUUAUUUCGUUUAUUUUGGUGCUAUUAUCCCUUGGGAUCAAUUCAACGAAGCAUCGAUCGGAUUAUCGGUAUGGAGACCUGUGCUAUUAGCCAUUGCUGUCAUCUUUCUACGUAGGAUUCCAGCCGUUUUAACGUGUAAGCCAGUGAUACCCGAUAUAAAGAGUUGGCGUGAAGCUCUGUUUGUUGGUCAUUUCGGACCAAUUGGUGUUGGUGCUAUUUUUGCUGCUAUAUUGGCCAGGUCUCAGCUAGAGGCUCAUGUUACCGGUGAAGAGACCCCACUAAGAGAAAUUCCUCCUAAGGGAAGUGAGUACUGGCAGUUAAUGGCCGUUAUUUGGCCCUUGGUUUGCUUCUUAGUGUUGACAUCAAUUAUCGUUCAUGGGUCCUCAGUUGCUGUGUUUACGCUCGGCCGUCAUUUGAAUACUAUUACAUUGACCAAAUCUUUCACUGUCCAUACAACAAACGGAAAUGGUUUAACGUCAAAAUGGAUGGACAGAUUACCUGGAUUGGAAAAAGAGGGCAGGUCAUAUUCUAUACACCGUGUCGAUACAAUGGCAUCUGAUGCUACCAAACCACUUAAAAAGAACGACACUGUAGAAACAAGUGGAAUCCGUGCUAAACCUGUUGGUGGUAUGAAACGUCGCGGUAAAAAGUCUAAAAAGAGAGGAUUAAGACAUCGUGGAAAUGGAGCUGAAGAGAAGAAUAGCCUAGAAAUCGAAAGGGAAAUUCGUCAAAAGGAAGCACAGGCAGCAGCUUUUGCACUUUCUAGAGAUGAUGAAAGUGAUUUAGGAGCAAAGUCAUUCACCUCAUUGGAGGAUCCAAAUUCCUUGGAAAAACAGCAACAAACUUCUUUGAAUAGUUCUGAGGCUGGGCAAGAACCGCCACAAAGACCUGUUCAAUCUUCUGGAAUUACACCAAGGCCCACAUUUGCUGAUGAAAAGAUCCCAUUCCCCAGCAGCCAAAUUUCUGGCAAUUCUGAAGCUGAAUCUGGCCCAAGACCUGGAGGCAGUUCCGAAAGCGGAUCUAAGACUAGCGAAGAAUUUCCUCUUGCUACAGACCAGGCUAAUGUCGCCUAUCAAGAAGGUUCACGGAUUAUUCUUGAAAACAGGAAAGGUGAGGUGGUCGAUGAGGCCCAGCUUGUCCCUCGAGAAGACGUUCUUAAUGAUCAUGCGGAAUUGUCAACGACACCAACCAACCAUACAAUUAAUUCAUUGAAAAGGGUUCUUACUCCAACAAGAUUCAGACAUAGUACCCUUGUUGAUACGGAUACAUCAAAAAAAUUCUACGCUUACAAAUACGGUACUCAGUUAGUUAUAGAAACCGAUAAGGGUGAAAUUGUGAGACGUUACCAGAUCAAUCAGCAUAGUUCCCCCACAACUGAGAGCCCUACCACUACCAAACCAAGAAGCAAUAGUGUUGUCGCAAAGGCUCUUUCAAUGGUGAAGCUGGGAAAAUCCUCAACUUCCAAACAACAUCCAGAUUCUGCACAGAGGCCGACUUCUGCAUCAUCCGGAUCAUCUUUAAACUCUAGACAAAACUUUAAAAAUAAGGUAAUCGCUCGUCAAUUAACUCCUUUACCUGUUGUAGACCAUUUAUCGGAAGAAGAUGAUGACGAUGACAACGAGGAUGACGAUGAUUAUUCGGACGAGGAAAAUUCUGAGAAUAUAUCAUCAGAGGAGGAAGAUACAAGUGCUGACGACGAUGAAGAGGAAGAAGAUGAAACUGAAGUAGAAAGGGCGAGAAGGCUCACGGCUUUAGGUAUUUCAACUGCACCAAGACAUCAGGACGAUGAAGAAGAUUAA